GAUGUAAACAAGCAAACUGUCACCGGUGGGUGUUUUCGUAGGCCACUGAAAACAAUAAAUAAUCGUCGCAAUUUGUGGAUGUAAAGUGCAGAAAACAAACGCAAAAGUUAAUGAAAGUGUAGUUCUUCCCCUCUAAUUAUAAGCCCCCGAUUGUGUGACCAAGAUGACUAAUCCCGUUCUAACGGCAGAACUGUCUCUCCGGAGCUUUUACAUUUUCAACUCAGCGUUCGGACCAAAAGAGGGCGAAGAAGAGAAGAAGGUGCUGUUUUAUCAUCCACACGAUACCGACAUCGAUACCAAAAUAAAAGACGUUGGUCUGAGUGAGGCUAUCAUCAAGUUUAGCAACACAUUCACCAAAGAUGACAGCGUGCAGACGAUGCACACGCAGAAGACAUGCCAGUUCUACUACCAGCCCGAAUCCGGCUACUGGAUGAUCAUGACGCUGAACGUGCCGUUCGAUCGGAAAACGCGCGACUCGGGCGACUACAACGAGUACCACGGGGACACGAUACACGACACAAUCUUUCAGUCAGUCCUGCGUCAAUCGUACCGAAUGUUUCGCAUGUUUCACGGCACGUUCCUAGACAAUCUGCAACCGAACGAAGAGCUGGAUGCGCAGGCCAACCUUAUCGGCAAACUGGAGGCCUUCUACCAGAGCUACAUUCUCCAUCUGCAGAUGAAGAAGUGCGAUGUGGUGGAUGCGUUCGGUAGCGUACAGUACCUUCCCCUAAACCAGCUGCUCUUCCUGCGGGUGCAGAACUUCAUAAACAUGAUCGAGGCCACAUUCGCACCGAUCAAGCAUUGCAUUUUCCUGUACAGCGAUCAGGUCGUGUGGAGCGGUAUAAGUCCCACCGAUCUGUACACGCUGUACGAGUACUUUCACAGCCCCAUGUACGAUCAUCUCGCUCAAUCGAAGCAAACGCGUCCGGCUUACGUGACCGAGAAGGGAAAGAUUAAACGCUACACGUUGAUGGUGUGCCGCAAGGUGCAGAACAUUUCCCUGUGCCUGCUGCUCGACGAUAGCGCGGUAGAGAACGAACAGUCGCUCUACAUGGAGCUGAACGCGGUGGUAAACCCGCAGCUAACGAGCAUUUCGUCCGACAUUAGCCAGCAUCUGCAGAGUGGCGGUGAGUCGAGCUACAGUUUCGGAUGCUCGGGCAGCAAGGAUGAUACCGCCACGGCGCCAAAGUUUAUCUUCUUCAACGAGCUUAACCUGCAGCAUCGCGGUACGGUGCGGUUGGGCCAGAUGCAGUACCAAUCGGUCACCGGCAGUGGGCUGCCGAACGAUGUGAUGAACCUGAUCGUUGACCUGCUGGACGAUGUGCGCAGCAACCGGUCGAGCGUGAUGGACGAGACGAUCGUGAAGACGCACGACGACUAUUGGAUUGUGAAGCGAAGCUGCAACUCGCGGCACGUGUUUAUCAUCCUCAACAAAAGCUCCACCCUGAUCGACGUGACCGAGGAGACGAAGAAAAUAUUGGACCAGCACGUGAAGGGGAUCUUUUUCUAGAGCUGGGUCGGAGCCGGAACUCUUCUAAAGCUAACUUCAGUCUUUCCAAUUAGUACACCUUUUUUUUUACUGCAUCAAAUGCAAGACGUGCUGCUGUUGAAUUUCCCCCUUUCAUUGCAUGCAACGUAUGUGUAAGAACAAAGAAAUAAAUAACAAUUAUUAAACAUCGGGCAUAAUUUACCCCGGUGAUAUAUUCGAACAGCAAAA